AUGUGUCAAAUAUGCAUUCAGGAGACUGUGGUCUCUCUGCCUAGGUUCAUCCUGUAUAACCCGGCAAGAUUAACGAUCCAGGCCUUCGUUGGAAGAUCCCUGGACUCUCACAACAUCACACCAAUCCACUUGUUGCUCGACGGAUUCGCCUAUAUCGUUCAGAACGAACUUUCAGAUAAAGACCUCCUCAUGCUGUCACUUGUCUAUUGGCACUUUGAUGCGCUUGCCCAAGAACCCUCCCGAGAAACUCGCUAUCGCCUCGUACGCUCUAUCGAGAAUUUCUACGAAUUCAACGCAAUGUGCGACAUUCUUUGCAGACUUUACAACGAUAGAGUGAGCAAGCAAUUAACAGGAGCUGCUUUUAUGACGGAGCUUCUGGGGCUGUUAUCUGAUAUCGAGUUACAUUUCUGGGAUUAUCACCAGCGUCAAUGA